UUGCAGGCCUAGACUCUAGGUAUCUGAUAUUGAAAGCAAGCUUUGAACCUGCCCAAAAGAUCUUAUUCACCUGGAGAUGAGAUUUUACAAGAGAGGUGUUCGGCGCUCCCUCCUGCCUGUCAACGGUCUUGCAUCCAAAGAUUCAUCUGUGGCAGAGUCACCAGAUCAUGAGGAUCAUGAUGAUGAAGCUGAGAGGCGGGAGAGAAUCAGAGUGCGGUUGUCAAAUACUUCAUUCUCAGCUGAUAAGCGGAAGUCCGUGGGAGGGAUUGGUGGGAUGUCAAAUGAGCAGAUAGCCCAUCACUAUUCUGAUUGCAUCCGACUCAGUGCAGAAAAUGACAAUAAGUAUUAUUGGUUUUGGUGCCUCUCAGAAGUCACUAUUGUUCCAAAGGGUUCUGUGAUUCUAGUUACUUUCUUUCCAUGCUCCUUCUUCCAGAAAAUAACAAGCAAGAAUGCUUUCAGUCUGAAGCUGAUUGACAUGCUUUCUCAAAUGAUGCAAGAUAAGCAGACAAACAACUUCCAGGUAAAGAGGAAGGGAGGAAUGAUCUUGAACGAAGAGGAAAACCUCAAAGAGAACAAGAUUGGUUUGCUAAAGGUAUAUCAUGAUCCAGACCCAGUAUAUCUUAGAGACAUCAUCAACAGCCUCAAUAUCCCUCAUGAGGAGAAUUAUCUCACUGCAUAUCACAACAAGGAGAGUGAUUCCUUCAAGUGGCUCAUUCAACCUGAUUCAAAGCUGGAAGAAUUCACAGAAGAGGAACAAAGGAAAGAGAAAAGCACUCCUAUAGAAACUUUGGAGUGGUGGAAAGAGGAACUGGAUGCAUCUCCUCAGCUUCCCAUCUGUAGUCAUUUCAAUACAUUUUCCUACAAUGAAUGGGACCUAAAUAAGUCUGGACCAGGAGAGACAUUUUCAAAUCACAUCCAGGAGAAUGACCUUGCAUUUGAUGCAGAAGCAGUACCAUCACAGAUGGAUGAAAGCUUUGGAAUAGAGGAGUUCAAUGCAGACCAGGAGAACUAUGAUGAAGAUGGGGACAGGCUUGGAAUGAUGCCAUCUUUGGUCAGCUUGGGGACAGUGAGAACUGUGGGUGCAGAUGCACAAAGGCGGUUUUCUACCUCCAGCCUCCUUACUCAUGUGAGCACAAAGACCCUUGAGUAUAGCUUCUUUGCUAACACAGUCAAUCUGCGGGCCUGGGCUGGACCAGGGCACUGGAAGAUGAAGUCUAAUAAAGCCCCAUCAAUCACAUCUGCUGCUGAUCCUGGGGAAGUGAAAAAGCGGAAGAAGAGUGGAGUAAAAAAGAAAUUAUCUUGUGGGUUAUUGGAGCUGACCUAUGAAGAUGAUUUUUAUGCAAAGGUGAAUCCAUCCAAGCAUGGUAGCUCAAAGAUCAUUCUGAAAAAAGGGAAUGCACACUCUCUCACACUCCCAAAGGAUUAUCAUAUUGACCCAUCAAAGCAAUUCAUGGAUAUGGUAAGGAAUCCACUGGAUAAGAUUCCUUGGAGGUGGAGGAAUACAAGUGGAGAUCAACCAGAGACCCUGUCAGAUGAGGAAGGUGCUCUCAACUAUAAUUACAGCAAUCCAAAUGAUGAAGAAUUUUGCACAUCCAUACAUGAGGAAGGUGGAGGAGAGGGUGGUGAAAUUGAUGAAGGAAUGGAAGAUGAUGGUCUUCCUUCCAGUCAGGAAGAAUUUGCCGGAGAAAAUCUCCUUCCUGUCCCUUAUAGAGUGGAAAAUAUUGAGUUGACUGUUCCUAAGCGAGACAAGAGGAUGAAUAUGAGGAAGCUGAAAGCUGCAACUUGGGCAAUACUUACAGAUGCAGAGCAUGUGGACAAGCCUACUAUAGCCAUGGGGAUGGAAUGGGCAGAUCACCUCCCAAACUCAAUGACCAGGAAGAUGUCUUUUCCAAACCUGUACAAGGAGCUACUUGAUAAGCUCCCAUCAAAAAUGUCCAGUAACUUAUCUGUGGCCCUGUCCUUUGUAUGUCUCUUGCACUUGGCCAAUGAGAAGAUCCUUUCCUUGAGUAACACUGACAGUGGUGAAGUCAUCAUUCAACAAGGAACUGUGUGCACCUUUCCUACAUUGGCUCAAGAAAUCAUGCGUUUUUCUUGAUAUCAGUUCUGGUUUGAAAGCCUGGUUUGAAUAUGUUUUGUCUUCUCUCAGACACCUGC